CACCCAUUAUUAAAUCAAAAGUGAAAGCAGACAGAAAUGAUGUUACCUUCAUUUUCUCUUUCUCUGAAGUCAAUACGUCAAUACGUUGACACAUGAAAACUGACCAAUUUACAGAGACUGGACAUACUUAAUUUGAUACUCUUCACGCUUUCAUCUGUUCUGCAUUGACUGGAGAGAUGAGUGGAGGUGGUAACAGGAAACCCCCUUCAACAGCAACACAGCGCCUGAAGCAGGAUUACCUCAGGAUUAGGAAAGACCCUGUGCCUUACAUCUGUGCUGAACCUCUGCCCUCCAAUAUACUGGAAUGGCAUUUUGUUGUUCGUGGACCGGAGAAAUCCCCUUAUGAGGGUGGCUACUAUCAUGGCAAAUUGAUAUUUCCCCAAGAAUUUCCUUUUAAACCACCUAGUAUUUAUAUGAUAACCCCUAAUGGGAGAUUCAAUUGCAACACAAGGCUAUGCCUGUCCAUAAGUGACUUUCACCCCGACACCUGGAAUCCUGCGUGGUCAGUCUCUACUAUACUCACCGGACUGCUGAGCUUCAUGAUGGAAAAGAUUCCCACGUUGGGAAGCAUUGAGACAUCUGACUUCACUAAAAGACAGCUGUCUGCGCAGAGCUUGGAAUACAACCUGAAGGACAGAGUUUUCUGUGCGCUGUUUCCUGAGGUUGUGGAGGAGAUCAAGAUGAAGCAAAGGACUCAAAGAGAUUUAAGUGUGCAACUCCAACCUCUAUAUAUUCCAGAUAUGAGGUCUAAUAGAGAUGAAGACCUCUUUGGUGCUCCUCCACAUAAUGGUCAUGCGGUCAAUUGGGAGGCAGUGGCCCGACAACCACCUGCACCCCGCCAGCCAGAUCGAAAGCUCGGGGGAGCGCUUACAAACUUGUGUGUUAUAGCUGGCUUUGUUGUCUGUGUCUACACAGUCAGGUUUGUGCUACACAAUAUAGGCCAGGAUUGAAAACAAUCUAUACAGAUGUAAUCUGAAAGCACUUUCUUAGGAAUUACUAUUUCUUUAACCAAAUUGAGCUUCCAUUCAGAACACUAUCUCAAAUAACUUGACACAGACUUGUGGUAAUGCACCGAAACAAUGUGUUUUUUCUGAAGUUCAUGGAAUUAGGCUUUGGGUGAAAGCCACGUCGAAAUGAAACCAACUUCUCUGAUGUGACAAAAGAGAAUACUGGCUUUUAUUAUGUUCGUGACUGAACUGGCCACUACAGACCAGUUGGAUCGAAGAAUAAACUGUGUCAACAGCACUUCCCUCA